AUGGCAGGAUCUGAUCCUCGGCGCUCGUCGCGAGCGCGAUCCAACAACCAGUCGCACAACUCGUCUUCGGCAUCCAGCGUGUCGGGGCGUCCUGAGCGCAGCACCAGAAACAGCUUCAACAAGGGCGUUUCACCUCAAAAGUCAGCCUCGACCGGCUCGCUCUCUGAGCCGCCCGAGGAUUCCAUCACUGCCGAGGACCCCUUCGGCACCCGUCGUCGCACGCGCGGCCAGGCCGAAGACCGCGAAAAGGCCUCUUCCAAGCAUGACACCAAAGACACGGCCCACGACGACGAAGUCCAAGAGGAAGAUGAGGCCGUUCGCUGCGUCUGCGGCAACGAGGAAUACCAGGGCCCUCCUCCUCCUGAAGACGAGGCCAAGCAUGGGUCCAAGCACGAUCCCGAUUCCUUCUUUUCGGCCGACGUUACCGACGACACCGCUGGGCUGUUCGUGCAAUGCGACAUUUGCAAGGUGUGGCAGCACGGCGGCUGCGUCGGCAUCAUGACGGAAGAAUCCAGCCCGGAUGAAUAUUUUUGUGAGCAGUGUCGCCAGGACCUACACAGGCUUUGGACAGCAAGCAACGGGAACGUCUACUCUCACUACCUCCCGCUGAGGAAGCACGCGAGAACGUCAUCCCGAGCGGCCAGAGAAUCUGCUCGUUCGCCGACCAAGGAGACCCAGACGCGCAACAACAGUAACAAUAACAGCAAUGGUGGGAGAGCAUCGUCUCAGAGCCAGACCUCCAAGCGGCGUUCUACCCUGAACAGCCGCGAGGCUGGCUAUGACGAGGCCGAGGCCCUGAGACGAGCUAUUGAGGCAAGCAAGGAGGAGGCCGAACAGGCCAAUCGGAGACCCAAGAGGGGCAGAAGCGACAGUCAAGAGAAACCGGACAACAAGAGGCAACGAACUGACUCACGAUCGGUUUCCCCUCCUCCAGACACAAAAGCUGAGGAGUCUGACGAUGGAGGAGCGAUCACCCGCAACGGCAAGUCGAAGUCGCGCGGCGGCGCUGCUGCUCGAAACCAGCGCAAUGAGAAGCCUUCCGAGAAGGAAGAGAAGGAACGUCAGGCUGAGGCCAACAACAUUAAGAACAAUAAGAAGAACAACAAAUCGGAUCGCCGGAGAGCUGAGGACUCGGACCCGUCAGAAGAAAUGCCCCUGGCCGCGUCACGAGCCACAACGGCCAAGACUGCCUCCCAAACCUCCAACACGUCUAACCCUGCCAAUACGAACUCCAUAGCCACGGAACCAACACAACCUCAGGAAGCCUCCGAACCCCCUCCCACCUCUCAGCCCACGCCCGACUCCCCUCCCGCCGUCAGCGUCCCCGCCUCCAAGUCCGACUCCAAGAAAAAGUCCCACAAAAAGAAAGGUCGCAACCAAUACACCCGCGACCGCGACGACGAGUCACCCGGCGGCUCCCAGUCGCGCGAAGCGAAGGAUGAGGCAGGCUCUACGGGCGGUGGCAAGCAUGAAGGUAGCGCCGGCAGCACCGGCGGAGGGAAGGGAUCCAAGCACAAGGGCGGUAUGUCCAGCAAGAUUACCAUGAAUGACAUGCGUCGGCGGGUUGGGGCACUGCUGGAUUUUAUUUCACGGACGCAGCUGGAGCUGGCAGGUGAGGGGGGUCCGAUGACGGGGAUUGUAAGCCAUGCACCGAAUGGCGGCUCGGCGGCCGGAGGGGGGGGGGAUAAGGAGGGUGAGGAAGGGGAGAGGCAGGAACGGGAUUUUAAGGAGCUGGGGUGCUUGGAGAUGAUGGAUAGCUUGACGCGGAGGCUGGUUAAGUGGCAGCAGCAGUAUGCCAACUGA